AUGCAGAAUCACCUGGUGGGAGCUCCCUCCUCAGGAAGGGACCGGCAGCCUUCGGAGAUGCUGAAGGAGCUGAUCUUAAGAUGGUUCCUGGAGACGCAGAUUGCUCUUCUGCUGGAAGACGGCCAGAUGCCAGAGUGGUUCCAUGGGUCCCUGAGCAGACAGGAAACCGAGAUGCUGCUGGAAAACAGAGAAUGUGGGUGCUUCCUGAUCAGGCUGAACGAAAAAGCCUUCAGCUACAUCCUCUCUUACCGAGGGAAGGAUCGCUGCCGUCAUUUUGUCAUCUCCUACCGCAGCGGGAAGUACAUUGUAGCCGGAGACACUCAGGAGCAUCUGAACUUGGCUGAACUCAUCAGCUACUACCAGAGGUCCGAAAUUCAGCCGUUUGGAGAAAACCUCACAUCGGCCUGUCCCAAGCCGGAGGAGAAAAGCAUAUAUGAUGAAAUAUCUUCAGACCGAAGUUCCAAGGCAGACGUUCCAACGCUGAGCAGGAACCCAUCUGCCGAUUCGCUGGUUACCCGGAGUCAUUUCGCCAAUCAGCCAGGACAUCCAAAGAUUCCACUUCAGGAAGUGCAGAAGUCUCUUUCCAAAGAACGUCAAAAUUCAAAGGAGGACCCAGACGCAGCUCCACCUAUACCAGACAGAUCCCGCUUGCUGGAGUCCCUGUCUUUGGAGGAAGAAGUUGGAUGUGAAGGAACCAUUUAUUCAGCUGUGAAGAAGCCUCCUUCAGAUCAAAGGAGCUUGGGGAAGUCAAAAGAGGGGGGCAGAAAUUUUGGGGACACAAAGGAACCUGUAGGACUGGGCCAAGGUCAUUCCUCUCCUUCCCAAAGGAAAACAGGAAGCGUCUUUGGAUCGGCCAAGCAAUCAGACACACCAUUCACCGUGAAAGUGAAUCCGGCAGAGGCCGCUCAACCAGAAAUAAUUUACACUAGGGUUGCCUUUGACCAACCCAAAAACUCUUGGAUAUCUCCGGAGCCCCACAGUUGUCCGCCCGCCUUUCCAUCGGCCAAGAAAUCAGCCGUUCCUAAUUGCCCGCCUUCAAAGUUAUCUCCUACGUUGCUGAAGAAAUCCAAAAAUUCCAUGCCCUUCCAUGCCUCUUCUCUUGGGAUCAACCCAAAGCCGCUGGGCAGCAAAGAACACGGGCAACUAAACCAAGCCAGAUCCUUGUUUGAACUUCCAAAGGAACGUGUGGAUGAGAAGUCCUUUCAGCCGAAAAACCAGCCGCCUGCCUUAUGGACAGACAACCCAGCUAAUACUCUGGAAUCGUUCAGGUGGGCAAAAAGUAUCUUCCAUGGUUCAGAAAAGGCUCUGAAGUCUUCCCUGAGCGGGUGCCCAGGGUCUUAUGAUCAAAUCUCCACAAAGUUUGGCCAGGUCUCCAAGAGUCAGAUCAACCCCGAGAGCCCAUAUGAAAAAAUAGCUGACCCUUACUCUGCACGGUCCGCAACCAAAAGCCAAGCUGAGCCUCUGGAGGAUCCCUACGAGCAAAUCCCCUACCUGCCCGGGAGAAGAACAGAAGGGAAGGCCACCCAAAAGAGUGAGAAGCCCAGGAGGUUCCUCUUCACAGAGAAGAAGGCCAAAUCCUGA